CUCUUCGGCUGCUCGGGGGCCAGUGCCCUAUGCCGCGUUCUCUUGUGAUCCCUGACCUAACCCGUCUCUUACUUUUCCCCAACCUCAGGUGGAGCCACCACCAAAAUGCAGAUUUUCAUGAAAACCCUUAUGGGGAAGACCAUCACCCUCGAUGUUGAACCCUCAGAUACGAUAGAAAAUGUAAAGGCCGAGAUCCAGGAUAAGGAAGGAAUUCCUCCUGCUCAGCAAAGAGGGAUCUUUGCUGGCAAGCAACGGGAAGAUGCAUGGACUUUGUCUGACUACAAUAUUCAAAAGGAGUCUACUCUUCAUCUUGUGUUGAGACUUCGUGGUGGUGCUAAGAAAAGGAAGAAGAAGUCUUACACCACUCCCAAGAAGAAUAAGCACAAGAGAAAGAAGGUUAAGCUGGCUGUCCUGAAAUAUUAUAAGGUGGAUGAGAAUGGCAAAAUUAGUCGCCUUCGUCAAGAGUGCCCGUCUGAUGAAUGUGGUGCUGGGGUGUUUAUGGCAAGCCACUUUGACAGACAUUAUUGUGGCAAAUGUCUGACUUAUUGCUUCAACAAGCCAGAAGAAAAGUAAUUGUAUGAGUUAAUAAAAUACAUGAACUAAAAAAAAAAAAAAAGAAAAAAGAAAAUGUGAAGGUGUUCCCUGUGAAAUAAAAAUUAUCACUUAAUAUUUAAGUCUUAUUUUCACAUAUAAUAUAUGCUUAAAAUAUUAUUUCUCCUUCAAUAUGUCAAAUAAUUGUUAUACAUUUGAAAUUUCAUGAGCUAUCACACUAGCUGAAUUAGUGUCACACCUAUGUCACAUGUGAGAAUCACCAAAUAGAAUACAUAUAGUGCCCUAAAAUGGGAAAUGGAUAGAAUUUUACUGUCAUUAAAAAAAAUUAUCUGAAAAUCUACUUCCAAUAUAACUAAUAUUACAAAAAAUUAUUAAUAAUGUAAACUAUAUUGAAUUUAAAUAUCCUUGCAAAAUUUGACAAUUUUGAUAGGCCAAAUACGAAGCUGGUUUUUCCCUUUGUGAAUUAAAAAUUCCUCAAUUUUACAUGUUGGAAUGGACACACAAGGAUAAUACUGAAUCAAUGUAUUUUUAAAGAAUAUAACAAACUGUAUGAUGUUAGGAAUUUUUAUGACAUUUGUAGAAUGGUUUCAUAUUUUUAAGAUAAAUAGCCUAACAAGGUACACUAAACCUCUCUUUGUUUUACAUCAAAUAUGAGGGAAGAAAGCACAGCCAGACAGUCAUGAUGGAGAGAAGAAUCAAUGCACUUUUAACAAUGUGAAUUCCAGAUUCACAAAGACCCAACAGAAAACUUUGUGGAAAAGAUGAAAGCCUGUGCUCACCUUUGCUUUCAUAAGUCUCUGAGGACAUCUGUCUUGGAUUCAUUGGGUUUCAGAAAGCCCAGUGUGCUUGGGAGCGUUGUAAAACCAGAUCCUCCCUGUCUCUUAGGAUGUAAUAUAUCUCUGAACGUUUGCUUGUGGUACUAGAGCCAAAGAUAAUUAUUCAGAAUCCUUUUGGGCUUCCUAAGGAAAAGGCUAGAGAGAGAUAACAAAUAGCAUGCUGCUGAAGUACAAAUGUUGACGAAAUGAUAAUGACUGAGACAGCAUGUCAAGAAGACUUCUUCAGUUAAUUCUUCCUACAGCUGGAAAAAAGUGCAGUUACCAGUUAGGCAUCAUUUGUAUUGUUUACUUGCCAAUUCUGAGCUAUAUUAUUCUGUAACCUCAAAUUUCUUAGAGGCCUUAAUGUUUGUAUGG